CCCCUCUGCUCUUUAUUUCUAGUCCGGGCGGCGCGAGGCGGCUCGUUUGUGUUUCGAGUCCGAGUCUCCCCACUCCCACCCCCCUGCCGGGUGACGCAAGCGGGUGGUACGCGACCGCCCACCCCUCGGCUGCCCCAGUUUCUUCUCUCUUGGGCCUCCGGGGGGAGAACCGCACGUCUCCUUUCUCUGAAUACCCUCCUCGCCAUCCUCGUCGCGUGCCCGGGUCGCCGGGAAAACAGGCCCGCCCUCGCGCCUGCGCCCGCGCCCGCGCGCCAUCAACGGCCCCGGCUGGUCCCAGGCCUCCUCGGACCUUUCCAUGGGUGACAGUGAUGAUGAGUAUGACCGAAGACGCAGAGACAAGUUUAGGAGAGAGCGUAGUGACUAUGACCGUUCACGGGAGAGAGAUGAAAGACGGCGAGGGGACGAUUGGAGUGACCGAGAGUGGGAUCGUGGCCGCGAGCGCCGUAGUCGGGGAGAAUAUCGAGACUAUGACCGGAAUCGGCGGGAGCGCUUCUCUCCUCCGCGCCACGAACUCAGUCCCCCACAGAAGCGCAUGAGACGAGACUGGGAUGAACACAGCUCUGAUCCUUACCACAGUGGCUAUGACAUGCCCUAUGCUGGGGGGGGUGGGGGCCCAACUUACGGCCCCCCUCAGCCCUGGGGCCACCCAGACGUCCACAUCAUGCAGCACCAUGUUCUGCCUAUCCAGGCCAGGCUGGGCAGCAUUGCUGAAAUUGACCUGGGUGUGCCACCACCGGUGAUGAAGUCCUUCAAGGAGUUCCUCCUGUCCUUGGACGACUCAGUGGAUGAGACAGAGGCUGUCAAGCGCUACAAUGACUACAAGCUGGAUUUCCGAAGGCAGCAGAUGCAAGACUUCUUCCUGGCUCAUAAAGACGAGGAGUGGUUUCGGUCCAAGUACCACCCAGAUGAGGUGGGCAAGCGUCGGCAGGAGGCCCGAGGGGCCCUUCAGAACAGACUGAGAGUAUUCCUGUCCCUCAUGGAGACCGGCUGGUUUGAUAAUCUUCUCCUGGACAUAGACAAAGCUGAUGCCAUUGUCAAGAUGCUUGAUGCAGCUGUGAUUAAGAUGGAAGGGGGCACAGAGAACGAUCUACGCAUCCUGGAGCAGGAGGAGGAGGAGGAGCAGGCGGGCAAGCCUGGGGAGCCCAUUAAGAAAGAGGAAGGCCGUGCUGGACCUGGCCUGGGGGAUGGAGAACGCAAAGCCAAUGACAAGGACGACAAGAAAGAAGAUGGCAAGCAGACUGAAAAUGACAGUUCUAAUGAGGACAAAACUAAGAAAUCGGAGGGUGAGGGGGACAAGGAGGAGAAGAAAGAAGACUCCGAGAAGGAAGCCAAAAAGAGCAGCAAGAAGCGGAACCGGAAGCAGAGUGGUGAUGACAGCUUUGAUGAAGGCAGUGUGUCUGAGUCCGAGUCUGAGUCUGAGAAUGGCCAGGCUGAGGAGGAGAAAGAGGAGACUGAUGAUGCGCUUAAGGAGAAGGAGAAGCCCAAGGAAGAAGAGAAGGAGAAGCCUAAGGAGGCUGCCGGGCUGGAAUGUAAGCCCCGGCCCCUGCACAAGACUUGCUCUCUCUUCAUGCGUAACAUUGCACCUAACAUCUCGCGGGCAGAGAUCAUUUCUCUCUGUAAGAGGUACCCGGGCUUCAUGCGAGUGGCACUGUCGGAGCCCCAGCCUGAGAGGAGGUUUUUCCGUCGUGGCUGGGUGACCUUUGACCGCAGUGUCAAUAUUAAAGAGAUCUGCUGGAACCUGCAGAACAUCCGACUUCGGGAAUGUGAGCUGAGCCCUGGUGUGAACAGAGACCUGACCCGUCGUGUCCGAAACAUAAAUGGCAUCACCCAGCACAAGCAGAUCGUGCGCAACGACAUUAAGCUGGCUGCAAAGCUGAUUCACACGCUGGAUGACAGGACCCAGCUUUGGGCUGCUGAGCCUGGGACCACGCCUUUGCCAACAAGUCUGCCCUCGCAGAACCCCAUCUUAAAGAACAUUACUGACUAUCUGAUCGAGGAAGUGAGUGCUGAAGAGGAAGAGCUGCUGGGGAGCAGCGGGGGACCCCCUCCUGAGGAACCUCCCAAGGAAGGGAACCCAGCAGAAAUUAAUGUGGAGCGGGAUGAGAAGCUGAUCAAGGUCUUGGACAAGCUCCUUCUCUAUUUGCGCAUCGUUCAUUCCCUGGAUUACUACAAUACCUGCGAGUACCCCAAUGAGGACGAGAUGCCCAAUCGCUGUGGCAUCAUUCAUGUUCGGGGGCCCCUGCCUCCCAACCGCAUUAGUCACGGAGAAGUGCUGGAGUGGCAGAAGACCUUUGAGGAGAAGCUGACUCCACUGUUGAGUGUGAGAGAGUCCCUUUCAGAGGAAGAGGCCCAGAAGAUGGGUCGCAAAGACCCUGAGCAAGAAGUGGAAAAGUUUGUCACCUCUAACACUCAGGAGCUGGGCAAGGAUAAGUGGCUUUGUCCUCUCAGUGGCAAGAAAUUCAAGGGUCCCGAGUUUGUGCGCAAACACAUCUUCAACAAGCACGCAGAGAAGAUUGAGGAGGUGAAGAAGGAGGUGGCGUUCUUCAACAACUUUCUCACAGAUGCCAAGCGCCCAGCUCUGCCGGAGAUCAAGCCAGCUCAGCCGCCUGGCCCUGCCCAGAUAAUUCAUGUUCCUGUCGGUGUUGUACUCCCCCCAGGCCUGACUCCCGGACUUCCCUACCCACACCAGACGCCCCAGGGCCUGAUGCCCUAUGGUCAGCCCCGGCCUCCUAUCUUGGGCUAUGGAGCUGGUGCUGUCCGCCCUGCAGUCCCCACAGGAGGGCCUCCGUACCCGCAUGCCCCGUAUGGUGCUGGCCGUGGGAACUACGAUGCCUUUCGUGGCCAGGGAGGUUAUCCUGGGAAACCUCGAAACAGAAUGGUUCGUGGGGACCCAAGAGCCAUUGUGGAGUAUCGGGAUCUGGAUGCCCCAGAUGAUGUUGAUUUCUUUUGAGCCAUCUGCUUUCCUUCAUUCUCUUACCGUCAUCCCAGUGUAUGACUGCCUUGUCCCAUCAGCUGAGUUUUUGUACGUUAACGUUACCCUCACUGCCAGUAAAAGCACUUCAGAAGUGUCUCUUAA